CAACUAUUCUUAUUUGUAUUUAAUAAAUAAUUUAUGCAAAAACAGUAAACUCUUGCUGUUGUUCGUGUUCCUUCUGGGAUUACCAAAUAGCCAUUUAAAUCGACAGGCAUCACUAACUAAGCGCCCCUCCAAAGAGUCAACUCGGCAGGAUUCACGAGUGCAAGCAGAUAGUCAUAUCAAUACCAGAAACCUGCCACCCCAUUCUACUAGACCCACAAUUACAGGUAGGAUUGGAAAAAUUAUGUGCACUCAUUCCCUCGAGUUCCCAGAAUCAAGGUUUUGGCUCCAGGCACUGGUUAUGAUGCAAAAAUGAUUAAAUGAUAUUAUUGUAUUAAUAUUAUAAUAAUUCGCAUGUGUUUCAAA